GCCCCCAGUGCCAUUUAGUUCAUGUAAAUGUUACGAAUCGUUGGGAAGUGUUGAGAUCAACGGAAAGGUGCAUUAGACCAGAAUUCCCGUUUGGUCUGGAUUCGCUGAAUCAUUUUAACACAGGAAACUUGAAGACUAAUGCCUAUUUAUGUGUUCUAAUUGUAUAAAAUAAGGCAAUUAUAGUUUAAUUAAUCAUUAAGUUAAUACACUUUUUUUGUAACAAGCAUGAAUCAGAUGCGGUAUUAACUUUUUACCUUUUAUAGUUGAACUGUUGGGUUUACUCACGUUGCUCUAUCUGGACUAUCUGGAUAUCUGGAAGUCACACUUCUGCAUCGCAUUGCUGCCGCGCGCAUAUGGGUGUUUACUAACCAGUUAAAUUUAGGAUUUGAAUCAAUUACGGGACAGCGGCAGUUUUACAUUAGUUUCUGUUCUCUGACAUAAACUGGUGGACCAUUUACUGGCACCACGUCUGUGUGACCAUGCUACAAAACGGGAACGGUAAGGAGAAACCGUUGGAAGCUCCAAAGGCUGAACCAGAAGAAGAUUCCCCGUUAGAACCUUCGAAAGAGACUAAUCCGACUGACAGCGAGUCGGCCAAAAAUGACACUGAUAACGAAUCCACGAAGUUCCCAAUGCCUAAUUAUCCUAAACUGGAGAUCAAGCGAAACGCAGUGACGGACGAUUACAAGAUUACCAGCCAGGUGCUAGGUUUGGGAAUCAAUGGGAAAGUUCUGGAGUGCUUUAACAAGAAGACAGGAGAAAAGUGUGCACUGAAGAUCCUGUACGACAGUCCGAAGGCCAGGCGGGAGGUGGAGCUCCACUGGAGGGUGUCAGGAGGGCCAUACAUUGUUCGCAUUCUCAGCCUGUAUGAGAACAUGCACCACGGGAAGAAGUGCCUGCUCAUUGUCAUGGAAUGUAUGCAGGGAGGAGAGCUCUUCAGCCGCAUCCAGGUCAGAGGAGACCAGGCCUUCACUGAGAAAGAGGCUUCGGAGAUCAUGAGGGACAUUGGCACGGCCUGUGAAUUCCUUCACAACAUAAACAUUGCGCACAGAGACAUUAAGCCUGAGAACCUGCUCUACACCAGCCAGGAUUGCAAAGGUGUCCUCAAACUGACAGACUUUGGCUUUGCCAAGGAGACUACGCUACACAACGCCCUGCAGACCCCCUGCUACACUCCUUAUUACGUGGCCCCUGAGGUUUUGGGCCCAGAGAAGUAUGACAAGUCCUGUGACAUGUGGUCUCUUGGCGUCAUUAUGUACAUCCUGCUGUGUGGGUUUCCUCCGUUCUACUCCAACACGGGCCAGGCCAUCUCCCCAGGGAUGAAGAGGCGGAUCAGGAUGGGCCAGUAUGAGUUCCCCAAACCGGAGUGGGCUGAGGUGUCAGAGGAAGCCAAACAGUUAAUCCAUCAGCUGCUGAAGACAGACCCCAAUGAGAGAAUGCCUAUAACGCAGUUCAUGAACCACCCCUGGAUCAAUCAGUCCAUGGUUGUUCCUUCCACUCCGCUCCACACUACGAGAGUCUUGACUGAGGACAGGGAAAUGUGGGACGACGUGAAGGAGGAGAUGACCAGUGCCCUGGCCACCAUGCGGGUGGACUAUGACCAGGUGAAGAUCAAAGAUCUGGACACGUCCAGUAACCCACUGCUGAAUAAGAGACGCAAGAAGGCAGCUGCAGGCAGCAAGAGUGGAGGCACUGUCUGUAACAGCCAAUGAGGGGCGGAGGAAGGCUUGAAGAAGAUUAUUUGAGGAAGGAGAGUUGAACAUAUGAGGAACAGCUGAGGACGUGAAGUCGGGGGUGGGAGGGUAAGACCGGGGCAGGAGACUAGGAGCGUGUCUCAGCAAAUAACCUCAUCUGUGUCUGGUCACUGCAGAAAUGAGCAGGCUCGCAUACACUGUAGGUCUUUCAUUGAUAUGGAUUGCUGGUGGGUUUUGUAUGCUGUUAGUGUGUCUUUGUAAGUGUGUGUGUUCAUAAGUGUUUGUGAUGGCAGCGAGGUGGAUGCUGGAUUGCCUCUCCACUUCAGGUUUCUCCCAUCAUCCCUGCACUGUUGGGGUCAUGCUCAUGUGUGGAACAUACAUUGCUGUAACACACCACAAACCAGCUACUUGGAAUCCCUUUGAUUUUGUACCUAAGAAUACUUAGAUGGUCGAUCAUGGACUAUGCAUGACACCGGCACACUAGAUUGUAUGUGGUCUCAUUUGUAUUUGUACUUUGUUCUUAGUUUCAAACAAUAAAGCAGAUUUGAAACUAGUUUUCUUGUC